AGAAUCAGAGUGUCUCAACCCUUGACAAGAGGACCAAGUGCCUUUAUUCCAGAGAAGGAAGUUGUCCAAGCAAACACAGUGGAUGAACGUACUAACUUUCUCGUGGAAGAAUACUCUACAUCCGGUCGCCUGGACAACAUCACACAGGUCAUGAGUUUGCACGCUCAGUACCUGGAGUCUUUCCUGCGGAGCCAGUUCUACAUGCUGCGCAUGGACGGCCCCCUUCCUCUGCCGCACCGGCACUACAUCGCAAUAAUGGCUGCAGCUAGACAUCAGUGUUCUUACUUAAUAAACAUGCAUGUGGAUGAAUUUUUAAAGACAGGAGGGAUUGCUGAGUGGUUGAAUGGCUUGGAAUACGUACCACAAAGACUGAAGAAUCUUAAUGAAAUAAAUAAGCUGCUAGCACACCGACCCUGGCUCAUCACGAAAGAGCACAUUCAGAAACUUGUCAAAACUGGAGAAAAUAAUUGGUCUCUGCCCGAACUGGUACAUGCGGUGGUCCUACUGGCACAUUAUCAUGCUUUGGCAAGCUUUGUUUUUGGUAGUGGCAUCAAUCCAGAGAGAGAUCCAGAAAUCUCCAACGGAUUCAGGCUAAUAUCAGUCAACAAUUUCUGUGUUUGCGAUCUCGCUAAUGACAACAGCAUAGAGAACGCAUCCCUUACAGGCAGCAACUUCGGGAUUGUAGAUUCUCUAAGCGAGCUAGAGGCCUUAAUGGAAAGAAUGAAAAGGCUUCAUGAAGAAAGGGAAGAUGAAGAGGCAUCUCAGGAAGAAAUGACCACUCGCUUUGAGAAGGAGAAGAAAGAAAGUCUUUUUGUGGUCUCUGGAGAUACUUUUCAUUCAUUUCCUCAUUCAGAUUUUGAAGAUGACAUGGUUAUAACAUCUGAUGUCUCCCGAUACAUUGAAGACCCUGGUUUUGGGUAUGAGGACUUUGCCAGACGAGGAGAAGAGCAUUUGCCAACAUUCCGAGCUCAGGACUAUACCUGGGAAAAUCAUGGGUUCUCCCUGGUGAACAGACUUUAUUCUGACAUUGGACACCUUCUUGAUGAGAAGUUUCGCAUGGUCUACAAUCUCACCUAUAACACUAUGGCCACCCACGAGGACGUUGAUACCACCAUGCUGCGCAGAGCUUUAUUCAACUAUGUUCACUGUAUGUUUGGAAUCAGGUAUGAUGACUAUGAUUACGGAGAAGUUAAUCAACUACUUGAACGAAGCCUGAAGGUUUACAUUAAGACAGUGACCUGCUAUCCUGAGAGAACUACCAAGCGCAUGUAUGAUAGUUACUGGCGUCAGUUCAAGCACUCAGAAAAGGUUCACGUAAAUUUGCUCUUAAUGGAAGCACGGAUGCAAGCUGAACUUCUUUAUGCCCUUCGUGCCAUAACUCGGCAUUUGACCUGA